AUGGCAAUCGAUAUCGUAAAACAAUCAAGCAAAUUCAUAAAACCCGCCACUCCAACUCCUCCAAACCUUCGUCAUUUCAGGAUAGGCUUCAUCGACGAGUUUGCUCCAUCCGCGAAUGUAAGUGUUGUUCUCUUCUUCUCCAUCAAUGGCGAUAGAAACCCGAAGUUCAUUGCGCAACUGGGAGAAUCACUUCAGACGACCUUAAUACGGUUCUACCCUCUAGCGGGUAGAUAUGCAGCAGAAACUCGCACCAUUGAUUGCAAUGACCAAGGUGCUGAGUUUAUGCAUGCCAAAGUUAACAUCAAACUUGAAGCAUUUCUUGAUUCUGAAGUGAAUGUUAAGCUUGUUGACAAAUUCCUUCCACGUGAAAUUGGGGAAAGUGGUCUUAUCACUGACCCAAUACUCGCGAUUCAAGUGACCACGUUCGAGUGCGGUGGUGUAGCACUUGGUGUAAGCAUUUCACAUAAGAUCGCUGACGCCUCUACUCUUAGUACAUUCUUGAACGAAUGGGCUGUUAUUAACCGAGAAGAAAAGAGGAUCGAACUCACUGGAUCUUGUCGUUUCAACGCAGCCUCAUUGUUUCCUUCUCGUGGUGUACCUGCAUUAGACCUAGGGUUUAGUAGAUCAAUAAGAGAUGAUGACAUGCAAAGCAAAUAUGUCACAAAGAAACUCUCAUUCAGUGAAAGCGAAAUAUCAAACUUGAAAGAGAAGGCCAUGCUGAUCAAUGGAAGAAAUGGAACCCCACAAUGGUCAAAGGUACAAUUGGUGUCUGCAAUCAUACUGAAGUCCUUCAUCUGCGUCGAUCGAGCAAUACGUGAUGAUCCAAGAGAUACUAUACUUAUUCAUCCGAUAAACCUAAGGGAAAAAACUGCAUCUCUAAUACCUAAAGAUUCUUGUGGGAAUCUUUGGGGGAUAUUAGCUACAGAAUGCGGAGUUGUUGAAGCAACUGAGGCACUGGCUGAUCUAUUAAGAGAUUCUAUCAAGAACACCAUAAGUAACUACUUGAAGGUAAGCCAUGAUGAUGAGGGAGAGCAGACAAUGGUUCUGAAUUCCAUCUUAAAUGUAGGCCAGAUUCCUCAAACAGCAAACGUGAUUUGGAUGUCUAGUUGGUGUAAGUUCCCUUUCUACGAAGUUGACUUUGGUUUUGGAAAGCCAAUUUGGGCAAACCCUGGUGGCAUGCCUGUUAAGAAUUCAGCAUGUUUGAUGGAUGGUGUUGGAGGUGAUGGAGUUGAAGCUUAUGUCUGUAUGGAACCUAAAGACGUCCCUUAUUUUGAAGAAUCUCUAGAGAUCAAAGUUUGCGUUGGUUAG